AAGUGGUGGGAUACGUGAUAUGUCACAUCCCACCAUACUGUCGCCAAAUGAAGAAACCUGUUCGCAUAAGAUUAUUAGCUUCGCAAGUGUUUAAGUUUAAAACAUUAAGUCAUGCACGGUGUACUGUUUGAUAUGUAAUUGAAACAAUCUUAUCGAAGUGAUAGUAAAAAUAUUCCUCUCCGAACAAUUUUAUUCAGUACACAAAUUACAUCGUCACAAGUUCAAUUCGCACUCCACGAUGCCGAAAGUACCGUUCACGUUUAGAGGUCUCAUUACCCCGGUGUUUUCGCCGUUUAAUAAUGACAGCUCAAGGAGUUUAAAUUUGUCAAUUAUACCUCAAUAUGCCAGCUAUUUAGCCUCGAAGAAGGUCACCGGAGUUCUUGUAAAUGGAACAACUGGAGAGGGACCAUCUAUGUCUACAAGUGAAAGGAAGCUGGUCGCAGAAGCAUGGUCAAACGCUGUAAAAACAACAAAACAACAUUUGAUGGUUCAAGUAGGAGGUGCACCUCUUCCCGAUGUUCUUGAACUCGCAAAGCAUGCUGAAAGUAUUAAAGCGGAUUCCAUACUCUGUCUACCGGAAUUGUAUUUCAAACCAUCAACAUUUGAGCAAUUGACUGAAUACUUAAAAUUAGUUGGCUCCACAGCUCCAAAUACGCCGCUUCUCUAUUACCACAUUCCAACGGUUACUAACGUUACCGUGCAUAUGCCAAAAUUCCUUGAAUACGUUGACGGAAAAAUUCCAAACUUCGUGGGUAUAAAAUUCACAAGUGCUAAUUUAGAAGAAGGUGCUCAGGCACUACAUGUUCACAACAAGAAAUACGCAGUGUUCCUCGGAAUUAAUCAGGUAAUAAGCGCAGCCUGCGCAUUAGGAAUGGAUUCAAUUAUAGCAACAAGCUCAAAUAUCCUGCCAGAACUUGUACUCGAAACUUUAAACGAGGGAACAGCCGGAAAUAUGUUGAUAGCAAAAGCGAAACAAGAACAAUUGACAAAGGCCGUAAUGGCUAUAUCGAGACAUGGUAAUUGGGUAGAGACUUUAAAGACGGCGAUGCCUUUAUUAACGAGUAUCAACCCUGGACCUACACGUCCACCUUUGAAAGUUUUAUCUCCACAAGACAUCGCUACAGAUUUACGAAAUGUUGGGUUUCAAGUGAAGAUAUAAUCUUUGGGGUCCCUGACACCCCGGAUGCCAUAAUGUCGGGAUACAAAAGUGUCAAUUUGAGGUGCGGUAAAUGGACUGGCAAAACAGGCACGAUUAUCAUACUGGCUGUGUUCUCUGCAUGCAGAUCUAAUCUCAUCUGGGGGUGUCUGGGGCUCCCUAAAUCAUGACCCCCCGAAAACAAAGGUAUGUCCAGUCUUCUACAUGCGUAGUCAUUGGUAGUGCCAUUUGAACGUAAAAAUUGUUCGUUUUGAAAAAAGCGCCAUUUACCGCUUUGUUAAUUUUGCCGCUCGCCGUCAGUUAGCGUUAGUAGUUAUGUUAAAAAAAGGCAGUAAUAUUAUGUAAAAUUUAAUAAAUCUAAAUAUAGUGAUCAUUUUGAACCAG